GCGCCCGUCGGAUGGAUGAGCCACAGCCACAGGGAGGCAGUGGCGGUCCAGCUCGGUCCUAAAGCGCCUCCACCCCUGGGGAGAGCUCACUGCUUAGCACCGACCGGCCCUCGGCUUCCGGCUUCCGGCUUCCGGCUUCCGGCAAAGGAGGGGUGCGUGUCCCCGCGGGUGGGACCUACAUUGCCUUCCGUCCCCUCGCCGGCCCUGAAUCCACGUCUCCGGAGACUGGGAGGUCCGAGCAGCUCCGAUGACCCAAUAGUAAGGGAGUCGGGGACACGUGUCCGCCCUGCCCGGGUCCUGUCACAAAGCCGCCGGCCCCCGCCACUCAGGGCCGCGGGGCGGGCCUGCGCGUGCGCAGUGGAGCCGGCGCGGGCAGAGGGCGCCUGCGCAGGAAGCAGUGGCCGUCCGCCCCGCCCCCUGCGGGAGCCGCGCCUGCGCGGUGCGGGCCCCGGGGCGGCGGCGGCGGCGAUGGAGCCCGCGGAGGCGCCGCCGAGCGAGCUGGUGUCGGCGGAGGGCCGGAACCGGAAGGCGGUGCUGUGCCAGCGCUGCGGCUCGCGGGUGCUGCAGCCGGGCGCGGCGCUCUUCUCCCGCCGGCAGCUCUUCCUGCCCUCCAUGAGGAAGAAGCCGGCCCUGGCGGACGGCGGCAGCCCCGACGGGGACCUCCUGCAGGAGCACUGGCUGGUGGAGGACAUGUUCACCUUCGAGAACGUGGGCUUCACCAAGGACGUGGGCAACGUCAAGUUCCUGGUGUGCGCCGACUGCGAGAUCGGGCCCAUCGGCUGGCACUGCCUGGACGACAAGCACAGCUUCUACGUGGCCUUGGAACGGGUCUCCCACGAGUGACCCCCAGGCGUCAGAGCCGCCCCGUCCCAAGAACUGGCUUUUAACCCAGUGCCACGGCUCUGCCGCUCGUCUCUGUCCUGGUGGGCGUGGACGCAUCUCGCCGAACGGGCGGGGACAGCCCUGCUUUCUCAGAGUCUGGCGCACAUGCCUCUUCUAGUUCACGGAGUACCAUGCCGCGCCUAAGCUCCCGCCCCCUCCCCCCAGCUGCGGACACGGGGAGCGCCCCGCCCUUCUCCUCUCACCCCUGCAUCCUGCUGGGCUCUCUUUUACCCAGGGCUCCCUGGCUGCCUGCUCUGGACGGGCACCGCCCACCCUUCAGCCAUGGCCACGGCGGUGCUCACGUGCUGAUAGUCGAGGCUUCACCUCUCUCUCCAUCCCAGAAGGCACGCGGGCGUCUGAGAGUGGUGCUGCUGUGCGGCUGAUUGCACACAGGCGUUUAUUCAUUCUUUUUAAACGUGUGACCUUGCCAGGCUUUGGUAUUUAGGCUCCUGAUCAGGAAUGCCGAGGUGCACCUCCGUGCCAGGUGUGAAACCCUCACCUCCAGGUUGUCAGAAGCCCUUCGUGGUGAAGAUGAAGGCAGCCCCUCUUCCCUCCCAACUCCGAUGAGGUUUACAGCCUGUACGUCGAGAACCAGACUUUCCACCCCAUUGUAUCUGAGGCCAUUGGAUGUGGGGUCUAAGAGGAAUAGGCCUUUGCCAUAUUACACAGGAGUUUGUAGGUUUGUCUUUUCUGGACAAGUGAAUGCUUCCUUUGUUCUCAGGAAAGACUUCCUUAAUGGAUAAUGUCUUUGCUGAACCUGCUGGGCCUGGUUCAUUUGGAAUCUUUGCGCCAGCCCCCAACACAGACCUUCCACCCAGAGGCCUCGGUGGCUGCAGCGGGGGAGUCGCUCUAACCGGGUGAUCUUAGCGCAGUAUCUCCCCUCCCAGUAGGACUUGAGUUCUCCUGGAACGACUCACCUCUGUGUGGCUGGGUCCAGGUUCCUCCCCAUCACCCACCACUCAGACCCGGGAGGCUGGCAUUGCAGGAGGACUAACCGGAGGCCGCCUCUCUGCCGUCCGUCUGUCCCCUCCCCCCAGAGCUUCCUCUAGGGGUCCCUCACCGACGGGUGGGUCUUGGGCAUGGUUCUGCGACUGGCCUGCCUCCUCCUGCUCGGUCAGAGCCCCAGUGAGCUCCCGCAGAAGGGGGAGAGCCAUUCUCUAGACAAGCGGUCUAGGGUCCAUGGUUAUGUCGUUUACAGAAAGACAGCUGUGAGAAUUCUCCACUCAGGUUGGAAGGGACAAAGCCAAGCAGAGGCCUCUGUGGGUGAGGGGCCCCUCCCGGCACAGCCAUGUCCAGGCGAAGCAUUUUCUAAAACUGGGCUCUGACUUUUCUUUCCUUUUUUAAUCACAGAAAUCAUACCCAUUCGUUGCAGAUACACACAAAAAGGGUCAUAAACAUCUUUUAAUCCCUCGUAGUUCCACAUCCACAGAUGGUAAUGCUGCAUAUGUCCAUCUCAAUGUUUUCUACGCGUACGUACGCGUGUACGGCUUAAAACAAGCAUGAGCCCAUACUGGGCUCGGUUAUAGUUAGCUUUCUCCACUUAACAACACGCCAACUUCUCUUGUGUGUAGCUCUCCCCGGUGUCCGCCCUCGUGUUUAGCGUGGCAUUGUAUGUCUGUGUUUAUGUAAGCAGUCCCCGUUAGAUUGCAGCUAGACGCACGUUCCCAAUGGUUCCCUCGGGGUAGGAAGUGGGAUGACAGGGUCUGCUGUGCACAUGCCUCAGAUCUGGCCACGCCACUUACCCUCCAGAUGGAGGCAGACUCCCGCUGCUGAACCGUCCUACCACCGGGCAUGAGUUCUCUCUAGAAGAGCACGUGGCCCUGGCCACGUAACUCGGUUAGAGUGCCGUCCAGAUAACGUCCUGGUUGCGGGUCCAACCUCCGGUCGGUAUAGAUGCAAGAAUCAACCAGGGAAUGCACUGAUAUGUGGAACAACGAAUCGACGUUUCUCUCAAAAAAAAUAUAUAUUUUGUCACUUUAAUAGGAACAAUAGUCUCAUUUUUAUUUGCAUUUGUUAUUUCUAAUGAAGUUUUUAUAUACUUAGUAGUGAUUUGUAUUUCUUUUGAGAAUUGCCAGACACUGUUGCCCAGUAGCCAAAGAGUAUCAGGCUGUUAUCCUGCCUUUUCAGUUUGAUUUGAAAGAAAUAAAGGCAUUUAAACAAUGGA